CGCAUGCGCGCUGCCUCAGCCGCAUCGGGCCCCGCCCCGCGCGUGCGCCCCGACCCCGCUUCGCUCCCCCCCCCCCCCCCGAGCCCCCCCCCAUUCCCGGGUCCGUGAGGAGGAGGGGGGGAGGAGGAGGAGGAGGAGGAGGAGGAAGGCACCGCCGCCAUUACAGGCCCAGGCCCAGCCCGGCCCGGCGGCCCCGGGGCCGCCCCUCAGCGCGGCGAUGGCGCCUCCGCCCGCCCCCCCCGGCCCGGCCCCCCCGCGCCGCUCCGGGGCCCCCCUCGGCCGCCCCACGUCGGUCCCCCGCCACCCCUGAGCUGCCCCACGGCCAUGGGGACGCCGCCGUCGUCGUGAGCCCCUCUUCCACCCCCCCUCCCAUCCCCGCUGCCACCGAUCCUCUGGGCAGGGCUUUGGGACAGGAUGUGCGGACGACGAUGAUGAUGGCGAGGAAGCAAGAUGCCCGCAUCCCCACCUACAACAUUAGCGUGGUGGGUUUAUCCGGGACGGAGAAGGAGAAGGGGCAGUGCGGCGUGGGGAAGUCGUGUCUCUGCAACCGCUUCGUGCGGCCGAGCGCCGACGAGUUCCACCUGGACCACACGUCGGUCCUCAGCACCAGCGACUUCGGGGGGAGGGUGGUCAACAACGACCACUUCCUUUACUGGGGGGAGGUGGUGCGUUCGCUGGAGGAGUGCUCGGAAUGCCGGGCGCACGUGGUGGAGCAGACGGAGUUCAUCGACGACCAAACCUUCCAGCCUCACCGCAGCACCGCGCUGCAGCCCUACAUCAAACGAGCCGCGGCCACCAAGCUGGCCUCGGCCGAGAAGCUGAUGUAUUUCUGCACCGACCAGCUGGGCUUGGAGCAGGACUUUGAGCAGAAGCAGAUGCCGGACGGGAAGCUGUUGGUGGACGGCUUCCUGCUCUGCAUCGACGUCAGCAGGGGGAUGAACCGCAACUUCGACGAGCAGCUGAAAUUCGUCUCCAACCUCUACAACCAGCUGGCCAAGACCAAGAAGCCCAUCGUGGUGGUGCUGACCAAGUGCGACGAAGGCGUGGAGCGUUACAUCCGCGACGCGCACGCCUUCGCCCUCAGCAAGAAGAACCUGCAGGUGGUGGAGACGUCGGCGCGCUCCAACGUCAACGUGGACCUGGCGUUCGGCACGCUGGUGCAGCUGGUGGACAAGAGCCGCGGGAAGACCAAAAUCAUCCCCUACUUCGAGGCUCUGAAGCAGCAGAGCCAGCAGAUCGCGGCCGCCAAGGACAAGUACGAGUGGUUGGUGAGCCGCGUCGUCAAGAGCCACAACGAGACGUGGGCCGCCGUCAGCCGCAAGAUGCAGCCGGCGCCGGAGUACCAGGAUUACGUGUACCUGGAGGGCACUCCCAAGGCCAAGAAGCUCUUCCUGCAGCACGUCCAGCGCCUGAAGCAGGAGCACAUCGAGCGCAGGAGGCGGACGUACCUGGCGCUGCUCCCGCAGGCGUUGGACGCGCUCGUCCCCAACCUGGACGAGAUCGACCACCUGAGCUGCUCCAAGGUGCAGCGGCUGUUGGAGGGGAAGGGGGAUUUCUCCAAGUGGUUCGUGGUCCUGGAGGAGACCCCGUGGGACGCCACGAGCCACAUCGACAGCGCCGACGCCGAGCGCAUUCCCUUCGAUGUGAUGGAGACGCCGGCGGCCGAGCAGCUCUACGAGGCGCACCUGGAGAGGCUGAGGAACGAGAGGAAGCGCGCCGAGAUGAGGAGGGCUUUCCAGGAGAACCUGGAGGCGUCGCCCUUCGUGACGCCCGGCAAGCCCUGGGAGGAAGCGCGCAGCUUCAUCAUGAACGAGGACUUCUACAUGUGGCUGGAGGAGCCGGUCUACAUGGACAUCUACGGCAAGCACCAGAAGCGCAUCAUCGAGAGGGCCAAGGAGGAGUUCCAGGAGCUGCUCCUGGAGUACUCGGAGCUCUUCUACGAGCUGGAGCUGGACGCCAAGCCCAGCAAGGAGAAGAUGGGGGUGAUCCAGGAGGUGCUGGGCGAGGAGCAGCGCUUCAAGGCGCUGCAGAAGCUGCAGGCGGAGCGCGACGCUCUCAUCCUGAAGCACAUCCACUUCGUCUACCACCCGACCAAGGAGACGUGCCCCAGCUGCCCGCUCUGCGUCGACUCGCGCGUUGAGCAGCUCCUGGGCUCCCGCGCCGCCCGGCCGGCCGAGCGCAACCAGAAGAACUUCCUCUCGGACCCCAACGUCGACCGCAUCAACCUGGUGAUCCUGGGGAAGGACGGCCUGGCCCGCGAGUUGGCCAACGAGAUCCGGGCGCUGUGCACCAACGACGACAAGUACGUCAUCGAGGGCAAGAUGUACGAGCUGUCGCUGCGGCCCAUCGAGGGCAACGUGAGGCUGCCCGUCAACGCCUUCCAGACGCCCACCUUCCAGCCCCACGGCUGCCUCUGCCUCUACAACUCCAAGGAAUCGCUCUCCUACGUGGUGGAGAGCAUCGAGAAGAGCGCGGCGGGCCGGAGGGAGAACCACCCUGCCCACCUCCCGCUCACCCUGAUGCUGGUCAACAAGCGUGGCGACGCGGGCGGCGAGACGCUGCACAGCCUGGUGCAGCAGGGCCAGCAGAUCGCCGGCAAGCUGCAGUGCGUCUUCCUCGACCCCGCCGCCGCCGGCAUCGCCUACGGCCGCAGCGUCAACGAGAAGCAGAUCAGCCAGGUGCUGAAGGGGCUGCUGGACUCCAAGAGGAACCUCAGCCUCGUCUCGGCGCCCUCGGGCCUGAAGGAGCUGGCCGACGUUGAGCUGCGCGUGGCCAUGUGCUUCAUGUGCGGCGACGCGGCGGGCGCCGACGAGCUGCUGGCUCCCAUCCUGCAGUCCCCGCUGUGCCGCCCGGCGCCGUGCGGCGGCUCCGUGCUGCUGGAGCUGUGCCUGGGGCAGCAGAGGCGGCGCGUGGAGCUCUCCUUGCUCUCCUACCACGCGGCCUUCGGCGUGCGCAAGAGCCGCCUGGUGCACGGCUACGUCGUCUUCUACGCGGCCAAGCGGCGCGCCUCGCUGGCCAUGCUGCGCGCCUUCCUCUGCGAGGUGCAGGACGUCGUCCCCGUCCAGCUGGUGGCCCUCAUCGACGGCUCCGUGGACGUCCUGGAGAGCGACGUGAGCCGCGAGCAGGUGGCCGAGGGGGAGGAGAUCGCCCAGGAGAUCGACGGCAAGUUCGCCGCCGUGGCUUACGGGCAGGCUCAGCCCAAGCUGGACAGCUUCCACGCCUUCUUCAAAGAAGCGCUGGAGAAGAAGACCCUGGUGGAGGCCAUGCACAUGUACGACCACGCGGCCGAGGCGUGCGGGGCGGAGGAGGCAGCGGGAUCGCCGCGCGCCGCCUCGCCGCAGUGCAACUCCCACCCGCCCGACUCGGAGGAGGACGCGGAGCCGUCGCCCUACGGCUUCUGCCGGGACGACGCGGCGCUGCCCAAGGAGCACUCGAAGCUCUCGGUCGAGCUGGAGGGGAACGACGGGCUGGCCUUCAUCUCGGUGGUCAGCGCCUUCGAGAGCAAGCUGAACAGCAAAGUGCCUCCGCCGGUGAAGCCGAAGCCGCCGGUGCCCUUCGAGCUGGGCAAAGGGGACCUCACGUACCUGGAGCAGGGCCAGAGGAAAUCGGUGUCGUGCGGCAGCUGGCCGCCCGCCGACGCCUUCGACCCUUCGGAUUACGCCGAGCCGCUGGACGCCGUCCUCAAGCCCAAGAGCGAAGAGGAGAACAUCUACUCGGUGCCCCACGACAGCACCCAGGGGAAGAUCAUCACCAUCCGCAACAUCAACAAGAGCCAACCCAACGGGGGUGCCAACAACGGCUCCGACAGCGAAGCCGACAGCAGCUCGCUGGAGCGCGGCGGCCGCAAGCUUUCGCUCCUGGCCAAACCCGCUCUCUAUCGGACCCGUUGCGCCCGGCUCGGCCGCUUCGCCUCCUAUCGCAGCAGCUUCGGGGUGGGCAGCGACGACGAGCUGGGACCCAUCCGGAAAAAGGAGGAGGAUCAGAGCUCGCAGGGCUACAAGGGAGACAACGCCGUCAUCCCCUACGAGACGGCUGACGGGGAGGACCCACGGAGGAGGAACAUCCUACGGAGCCUCCGGCGGACCACCAAGAAACCAAAGCCCAAACCUCGGCCUUCGCUCACCAAACCCAUGUGGGAGAGCAGCUACUUCGGGGUGCCCCUCAGCAGCGUCGUCACCCCUGAGAAGCCCAUCCCCAUCUUCAUCGAGCGCUGCAUCGAGUACAUCGAGGCCACAGGGCUCAGCACCGAGGGCAUCUACCGCGUGAGCGGCAACAAGUCCGAGAUGGAGAGCCUGCAGCGGCAGUUUGACCAGGACCACAGCCUGGACCUGGCCGAGAAGGAUUUCACCGUCAACACGGUGGCCGGGGCCAUGAAGAGCUUCUUCUCUGAGCUGCCUGAGCCCCUGGUGCCCUACAGCAUGCAGGUGGAGCUGGUGGAAGCCCACAAAAUCAACGACCGGGAGCAGAAGCUCCACGCGCUGAAGGAGGUGCUGCGAAAGUUCCCCAAGGAGAACUACGAGGUCUUCAAAUACGUCAUCGGGCAUUUGAACAAGGUGAGCCACCACCACCGCGUCAACCUGAUGACCAGCGAGAACCUCUCCAUCUGCUUUUGGCCCACGCUGAUGCGCCCCGACUUCAGCACCAUGGACGCGCUGACGGCGACCCGCACCUACCAGACAAUCAUCGAACUCUUCAUCCAGCAGUGCCCCUUCUUUUUCUACCACCGCCCCAUCCUCGACCCCCCCAGCGCUGCCCCAGCCUCCCCAUCGGCCGCCGUCCCCCCCCCCGGCGUCGUCAUCCCCUUUGCCCCCGUGGCGACGCAGCCGUCGCCCCCCAGGACCCCUCCGCCGUCGCCGCAGUCGCCCGUCCAAGCGCUCCUCCCGGCCCCGCUCCACGCGGAGCAGCACUCGCUGUGAGCCGGGGGGGCGGGGGGGGGAGGGAGGGGAAGGGAGGGGAGGGGGCGAAAGGGUGGCGUCGGGUGGGAGAAAUGAGGGGGGAAAAAAGAGGAAAAAAGGAGAAAAAACAGAAAGCGAAAGGAAACAACCAACCACACCGGAGAGCUCGGCCUGGGCUCGGGCAUUCCUCGCCCUCUCCCCUCCCACUAUGGACUAUGGAGCUGGGGGGGGGGUUCCCGUGUUUGGGGUGGGGGGUGUGGAGCUCAGCGCUGGGCUUUGGGCUCGGACUCGGUGCGCUGAGCAGAGCCCAUUGGGGUGGGGACAGCCGAGCCCUCGACGUCCCCUGCGAUGCCAUCGGGUGCGGAGCGACGCGGCCCCACUGCAUCCGAUGUGGGUUGGUGCAGCCCGGGGUUCUGCUGGGGGGGUCCCACGCAGUCCGGUGGUCAUCCAAUGUGGUCUGCUGUGCGUCCUGCUCCGGUGUGGGGCAGCCCGGGGCUCUUCCAAUGGGGCUGAAGGCGACCCAGGAUUUGUCCGAUGUUAUCCGACGUGGUGCAGUGUUCAUCCAGAGGGGUCCGGUGUGUGUUCAGCUGCGGUGUGGGGCUCUUCCAGUGGGGUCCGGUGUGGUCCAGUGCUCAUUGAACGUCGUCCAGCGUGGUCCCGUGUUGGUCCAACUCGUCCAGCGUGGUCCCGUGUGCAGUCUGGUGCAGCCCAGGGCUCUCCCAGUGGGAUCCAACGUGAGCCAGCGCUCAACCGAUGUGACCCACCGUGAGUUCUGAUGUGUUCUGGUGCAGCCCGGGGCUCUUCUGAUGGGGUCUGACGUGAUCCAGCGGGGUCCAGCGCUCCUCCAACGCAUCCCAACCCUCAUCCAACGCGGUCCAGAGAUCUGUUGGGAUCUGCUGUGGUCCACUGCUCAUCCAAUGAGAUCCAACGCAUCCCAGGGUUCAUCCGACGCAGCCCAGAGCUCUUCUGAUGGGGUCUGAUGUGAUCCAGUGCUCACCCAGUGUGGUCCGACGUGAGAUCUGACGCGAUCUGACGCAGCCCAGGGCUCUCCUGAUGGGAUCCAAUGCACCCCAGCACUCAUCUCAUGUGAUCCAGUGUGAUCCAGCGUGGUCCAACGUGAGUUCUGAUGUGGUCUGACACAGCUCGAGUCUCUUCCAGUGUGGUCCGUUGUGGUCCAGGGCUCUUCUGAUGGGGUUCGACGUGGCCUGGAGCUCAUCCGAUGUGAUCCAGCAUCAUCUGGUGCUCAUCCAAUGCAUCCCAACGUUCAUCCGGUGCGACCCGGAGUUCUUCUCCUGGGAUCUGAUGGGGUCCAACGCUCAUCUGCUGCGGUCCGAUGUGAGGUCUGAUGGGAUCAGUUGCAGCCCGGGGUUCUGAUGGGAUCCAAAGCAUCCCAGUGCCCAUCUCAUGUGGUCCAUCGUGGUCCGGCGCUCAUCCAUCGCAGCCCAGAGCUCCUCUGAUGGGUUCUGCUGGGAUCCGGUGCUGAUCCAACACAGUCCAACGUGAUCUGACGCAGCCAAAGGAUCUCCCGAUGGGAUCCAAUGCAUCCCAGCACUCAUCUCAUGUGGUUUGAGGGGGUCCGGCGCUCAUCCAACGCAGCCCAGAGCUCUUCUGAUGGGUUUUGAUGUGGUCCAAAGUGAGUCCUGAUGUGAUCUGACACUUCUGAAGGGAUCCAAUGCCUCCCAGUGCCCAUCUCAUGUGAUCCGUUGUGGUCCAGUGCUCAUCCGGAGUGGUCCAACGUGAUCUGAUGCGAUGGAGGACUCAUCCAACCCACCCCAACGUCCACCCAACGCAGCCCAGAGCCCUUCUGAUGGGAUUUGAUGCGCUCCAAUGGUCCGAAGUGAGUCCUGCUGUGAUCUGACACUCUCCUGAUGGGAUCCAAUGCCUCCCAGUGCCCAUCUCAUGUGCUCCAAUGUGAUCCACUGUGGUCCAGUGCUCAUCCAGGGUGGUCCAACGUGAUCUGAUGUGAUGGAGGACUCAUCCAACCCACCCCAACGUCCACCCAACGCAGCCCAGAGCCGUUCUGAUAGGCUUUGAUGCGCUCCAACGCUCCCCCACCGCAUCCCAUCGCACCGCCCCACAUCUCCAACACUACAACCCCCCCCUCCGGACCCCCCCCAGCUGCUGCCUGACCCCAAAUGGGGGGGCCGUCGCCCCACAUUCGCCCCCCUUUCGGAGGAGAUCCCAGCGCCGAGCACUUAACGGAGGGGGGGGUGGGGAGCAGCACAUACCCUCCCCGUUUCGCCUGGAUUCGGUGGGUUAUGAUUUCUUUUCUUUGAUUUUAAUUAAUUUGUUUUUAAUUUCUAUGCCGGAAACACUAAUAUGGGGGGAUAAGGGGGGGUUGGGGGAAGGGGGGGGGGGAGGGGGUACUGCUGGGAUUCAUUUUGGGGACGGAACACCCGGACUUGGGGUGCUGUUUCGGGUCGGAGGGGUGGGGGGGGGGUGGGGGGGGUUGGCUUCAAACUGGAUCCGAUGGUACCACUGGGAGGGCCCUUUGGGGGCCCCUUCGCAGCACUUUACGUCGCCGUUUCCCCGAAGGUUUGGAGGAGAACCGCCCCAAAUCCCCCCCCCCCCAAAAAAAACCCCAAAACCCCCUCAGAAAAGGCUUUUUUUUGGGGUGGGGCUGCGUUGGUUCCGUUGGGUUUUUUUGCCCUUUUCUCCCCGUCGCUGUGAAGAACGGCGGCCGCUUUUGGGUCCUUUUGGGGUUCUUUUCCUAUUUCGUGGUGGGUUUUAUAUGGGAAAACGGGACACAACGGCCCCAAAUGGGACCCCGGGGCGCCGUUUUGCGGCCGUUUGGUGCCUUUUUGCUCCGUUUUUUUUUGGGGGGGAUUUCGGGAUUUCCCGUUUUUGGGGUCACUUCGCAGUGCUGGAAACAAACAAAAAAAAACCCAAUAAAAAAUGAGCCAAAAUGA